AUGUCGGGACCUCAGUGCUGUGAGAACGCACCAAAACCCAGCUCAAGCUGUGGAGCAGGGCAUGUGGAAGAAUUUGGAGGCCUCAAAUCUUACGUUUCUGGCCCUUCUGAUUCCAAACUUGCUGUUAUUCUCGUGUCUGACAUUUUUGGUUAUGAACCUCCAAACUUAAGGAAGCUUGCAGACAAAGUUGCAGCUGCUGGAUUUUUUGUAGUGGUCCCUGACUUCUUCCACGGAGAUCCCUAUGCCCCUGAAAUUGCCGAGAGGCUUUUGCGAGGGUGGAUACAAGAUCAUGGACCGGAUCAAGGGUUUGAAGAUACAAAGCCAGUCAUCGAAGCUCUGAAAAGCAAGGGAGUAACUAAGAUCGGAGCUGCAGGCUUUUGUUGGGGAGCCAAGGUGGUUGUGGAACUGGCAAAGUAUGCUUAUAUCGAUGCUGCAGUGAUGUUACAUCCUUCAUUUGUCACUUUAGAUGACAUACAUGGGGUGAAGGUUCCAAUCUCAGUACUGGGAGCUGAAAUCGACCAGACAUCUCCACCGGAGCUCUUGAAGCUGUUUGAGGUGGCCCUAAAUGCCAAGCCUGAGGUUGAUGGCUUUGUGAAGAUAUUUCCGGGGGUUGCACAUGGUUGGACUGUCAGGUACAAGGAUGGAGAUGAAGUGGCUGUAAAGUGUGCCGAGGAGGCACACUGCGACAUGUUGGAUUGGUUUGCUAAGUAUCUAAAGUAA